AAAAUCAAAACCCCAGAAACCUCUCUUCUUCGUCUCAUCGUCAAUUCAGUUGCGAUAAUGGAUUUUCAGGUCGUGAUUCUCGCUGGUGGAUUCUCUAGUAAUCUUGUUCCCUUAGUCUCCAAGGAAGUUCCUAAGGCUUUGCUUCCCGUAGCCAAUCGUCCGGUGUUAUCUUACGUUCUGGAUCUGCUCGAGAGCAAUAAUCUCAAGGAUCUGAUCGUCGUUGUUGAAGGAGAAGAUGCUGCAUUGAAAGUUGGUGGAUGGAUAUCUUCUGCUUGUGUUGAUCGUUUACAUGUUGAGGUUGCUGCUGUUGCUGAGAAUGUUGGAACAGCUGGGGCACUCAGGGCAAUUGCACACCAUUUAACUGCCAAAGACAUUUUGAUUGUAAGUGGAGACAUUGUUUCUGAUAUUCCUCCUGGUGCUGUUGCCGCCACUCAUAGAAGGCAUGAUGCAGCAGUGACUGUAAUGCUUUGUGCUCAACCUGUCAGUGGGCCAUCAGAAUCCGGGGGUUCUGGUGGGAAAGAUAAAACCAAAAAACCUGCUUGCGAUGAUAUCAUAGGGCUUGAUUCCUUGAAACAAUUCUUGUUAUACAUAGCCAAAGGGGCUGAGAUUAAGAAAGAUACGCGAGUAAAAAAGAGCAUUCUCUGUGCGGCUGGCAAGAUGGAAAUUCGAUCAGAUCUGAUGGAUUCUCAUAUAUAUGCCUUCAAGAGAUCAGUUCUGCAGGAAGUUUUGGAUCAAAAACCUGCUUUUCGGAGCCUAAAAGAGGAUGUACUACCAUAUCUUGUUCGAACACAGCUGAGAUCAGAGAUAUUCUCUGACCAAAAUAAUGUAGAAGAAAACGGAAAUGGAAAUGGAAAGAAUAAUAUGCAGAACAACGAGGUGGUCUUGUCUCAAAUUCUCUCCAACGCAUCUUUGCCAAGCUUUCAUCAAGUCUAUGAAUCAGGUCUUGAUAGCCGAAAAACCCAUAAAUGCUGUGUUUAUAUAGCGGAUGAAAGUAAAUAUUUCGUCCGCUUGAAUAGCAUUCAAGCCUUUAUGGACGUAAACAGAGAUGUUAUUGGUGAUGCAAACCACCUAUCUGGAUACUCCUUUUCUGCUCAUCACAACAUUGUCCACCCAUCAGCCGAGCUUGGAUCGAAAACCACAGUUGGACCUCAUUGUAUGCUUGGAGAAGGCUCUCAAGUCGGUGAUAAAUGCAGUGUCAAAAGAUCUGUUAUUGGGAGACAUUGCCGGAUAGGCUCCAAUGUGAAGAUUGUUAAUUCAGUUGUGAUGGACCAUGCCACAAUUGGAGACGGAUGUUCAAUACAGGGCUCAGUCAUUUGCAGCAACGCACAACUUCAAGAGCGUGUUACUCUGAGAGACUGCCAAGUGGAAGCAGGAUAUGUAGUUUGUGCUGGGAGUGAGCACAAGGGAGAGACCUUUGCUAGAAAAUGAAAAGGAAGGUUAAGCAUAUGAAUGAGGUCACCUCUUGGAACUUUUUCAAAUGAAAAGCAGCAUUUCUUAGUCGUUCGUUUGGUAGGAGAGAAGAGUGUGAAGGAUUGGAAAGUUCCCCACCCUAAGGGUUUUGUACUUUUGUUGAUUAAAAGUUUGAGAUUUUC